GUCACUAUGCUUCUGCGGCCUAUCCCGGGCUCUCUGUUAGUCCAUGUUAUCUUUUUUGCCAUUAUUUCCCACACCCUGAAAAUCACACGAACUUGGGCUAUUUACUUUCUGCUCACGGAGACACAGUUCAUUCGCUGGGUCAGCUUCAAGCAAAACUGUCUGACAACAGGAAGAAUUUCAGCUCAGUCACACAGAACAAGUUUGACAGCAGUUAGUUAGUUUUCCUUUUGACAACAUGUGCACUGGAAAAUGCUCCCGUUGCAUUGCUGUUACUCUGUACCCAUUAGUGGUCAUAUCCAUCAUCUGUAACAUAGUGUUGUUCUUUCCUGGAGGAGACGUCAAGUACGCCAAAGAUGGACACAUUACCGAGGAGGUGAAAUACAUGGGGGGACUCGUUGGAGGGGGUUUACUGGUGUUGAUCCCAGCACUUUACAUCCACUUGACUGGGGAAAAGGGCUGCUGUGGGAAUCGCUGUGGGAUGUUCUUAUCAAUUGCAUUCGCUGCAGUGGGUGUGGCUGGUGCAGUUUACAGCUUCAUUGUGGCAGUGCUCGGGUUGCAAAAUGGGCCCCUCUGCAAAGUUCUUCUGAUUUGGACAACGCCUUUUAAAAACAGCCAAAAGAAUUACCUGACCGACGACACGUGGUGGGGGACAUGCACAGAGCCCAAGAACAUCGUGCAGUUCAACACUGGAUUGUUUGGCACUCUGGUGGCCACGAGCGCUCUGCAGGUGAUUCUUUGCGCCAUUCAGAUGAUCAAUGGGCUCUUUGGCUGCCUGUGUGGAACCUGCACCAACAAAGGGCCGCUGUGAGGUCCUGACAGCUGACUGGCGCUCCCUGCUGGAAGACUGAGAGUAGUGUUCCCUGCUGCAUCUGCUAAACAUAAUUCGCUCUUAACUUGCUGUCUUGUGACAUCAGAUUUCAUAUUUUUUUAUGUGUAUUUCAUGAUGCUUUAAUACUUUAUUAUAAUAAAAGACAGAAAUCUUAAUUAUUUGCAGUGUAAUAAAAAAAAUGGCACAGUAUAAGAAACAAUUCUAGUUAUUUGGUUAAUUCUGAAUAAAUUGUUUUUAAAAAGCUGAUUCACAGCUACAGCUGUCUUGUAACACUGUAAUUGGCAUUUUACAACAAUAUUAACCUUUUUGGUUUAUUUUACCUUCCAUUUUAAACAACUGUCUUCAAGAGAUAGCUUGUAAAAUGAAAAACAGGACAAAGUUAUUCUCCAAUGACACCUUUAAUGUAGAUUGUAUUACUACAAUGAAUAGCAGUAUUGAUAUCUGUACAAUCAUUUCAGUAUUACUGCAAAUUGUUAGCAUUCCAAAAUACCUAUAUUUCUUAAUUAACUUUAAAAUAAUAUGACAGAGAUUUAUUUCUGUCAUCUACUAAGCACUGGGGAAAUAAACUGCACAUAGAAUGUAGUGUGCAAAUGGUACAUUGAAUGAGGCAGUUGAUAUUUUCUUUCACUGAUUUGUACAUAACAAUAAAGGGAUACACAACAAAAAA